GGGCUGCGAUGUGCGGCACACUCCAGCGACAAAUGGACGGUGGUGGUUGAGUUUCUCAGCGAGCUGCACUGAAAUUCUCCUCCUCUUUCCCUCCUUCCUUGUCUCAGCUGAAGUUCAAGUGACUUUUAUUUGUGUGUAUGCAUGAACACACAUCUUCUGAGUCUUUCUUUUUCUGACAGUGAGUGGAUGAGCAGAUGCCUUGAAAGAGCCUAGGAUAAGGAGUAGGCUUUGGCUGGAAGUGGACCAAUCACAGGCUCCGUAUUUUUCUGCUCAUCUCCCAAUGGCCUUCACAUUUCCCUGAUAGGGAAAUUGAGCCACACCCUCCGCACCCGACCCAUGGUAUUAGGCCCCUUCAGCCAUGGAGGCCAUGGAUGUCCCUGUGGGGAACCUCAUUGACUUUGACUCCGAACCUUCCACCACCGACACCUCCGAAUCCGUCCCUGCCGCUCCUCCCUCCACCAAUGGCAACGGGCUGCUGGAUCACCUGGCGGGCGACACGGCCGCAGUGGCGGAAGAGAGCGACGCGACGGAAUCUGCCGACAGCGAGAACGACACAACGGACUCGCCCACCCAUCACAGCUGGAACAACCACCGCCGCUCCUCCUCGGAGUCCUACUCAUCUAACCAGAGCACAGAGUCCGCCAAGGACGAAGUGACAGCAGAGCAACGGGAGUUCAUCAGGCAGUACGUGGAGAAGAUCUUCACGGGAGGAGAGGAAUUUGACCAAGAGGAGAAAGCCAAGUUUGGAGAACUCUGCAGUGGGGAGAAUGCAAAAGGCAGGGAAUGGUUUGCCAGAUACGUGAGCGCUCAGCGCUGCAAUUCCAAGUGUGUCUCGGAGCAGACUUUCUAUCGGCUGGUGCAGUCCUUUGCUGUGGUCCUCUUUGAGUGUUACCAGAUGGAUGAUUUCAGCCCUGCUAAGAACCUGAUGACCAUGUGCUUUACUUAUUACUAUAUUGGUAAGCCCCAAGCGCUGCCCAUCGAGUCCAAGGAGAAGCCCACUGGCAGCAUCGACUCCUACCUGAAGUCCGCAAACAGCUGGCUGGCCGAGAAGAAGGACAUUGCGGAGCGGCUCCUGAAGAACACAUCAGCGAAGACGGAGAACGUGAAAGGCUUCUUUGGGAGCUUUGAAAGCAAGCUAAAGGGGCCUGGGCCCAAGAAAGCUGAGGAUGAUGAAGGCAAACCAAGAGAGAGAAUCCACAAAUCAGUUUCCCUCUACAGUCCUGAGGAAGAGGAAGAAAAAACAGGAGAGAAGAUCUACCUGUACAUGCACCUGAAGCAACAGCCCAUCUGGCAUACCCUGAGGUUUUGGAAUGCGGCUUUCUUCGAUGCGGUUCACUGUGAGAGGCGGAAACGGUCUCCCACCACUAGAGGGAAUGCUGGAGAGGAAGAGGAAACGAGGGAGAAAUGGUGUCACAUGACCCAAGAGGAGCGAGACGAUAGUCUGCGGUUUAAUGAGAAUAUCACCUUUGGACAGUUGGGUACUUUCACUCACAACAUGUUGGCUUUUGGGCUGAACAAGAAGCUUUGCAACGACUUCUUGAAGAAGCAGGCAGUGAUUGGCAACCUGGAUGAAGAGCAGUACAAACUGCUUAGCGAUCACAUCGAACAAAUGGCUGCAGAAUAGCACCGCGACCUGCCUCCUGCAUUCAGGAACUAAUAGAGAAGAAGCCAGUGGGGAUGCAAGGGUGGAAAAAAGCCUGUCUCUGAGACUACCUGCAACAUAAAAGAUGGGCUUUUCUAAAAAGCAAAAACUAUACCCAACUGACACUGCGUUAAACCUGCAUGAUCGUCUUCUAACCACGUAGAGCUGCAUUGCGCAGCCCGUUAUAGACGUAGGAGCUCGGCAAUCAAAGCUGCCCGCCCUCUUCUGCUGCCACCUCCCCAUAUGCCUUUUUCACCCGGACUGUGACUGAAUGGAGACCUCUUGGGGGAAUCUUCUGGGUAUGAGGCAGAGUGCAAGUCAGCACGGGAGAGUCUAGCGUGCUCGUAAAGGAGGAAGGCUGAGCUCUGGGGAUAGCCUCUCCCCUCUCUGCUUUCUGCUGAUGAAUUUUUUCUUUUAGCAUCGAAAGUUUACAGAGCAUAAAAGAUAGGUGUGUGCGUGUGCAAGGGAUGCAGAAAGGGGUGGGUGGGAGGGAAGAUAGACACCCUAGUUCCAAUUAUUACUCUAGAAGACCCCUAAAGUGAAUACCAGGAGUUCUGUAGGCCGGGAGGCCAGAUGCAAAUCUUCCUGAUGGGGGUUGUAUUUAAGAAGAUGGGCAGGAAAUGGGUGGUUGGGUCAGUGAUUCUGUGUUAGGCUGGAACAGAAGGCCUAGAUCCCCACCACCUUUACAGUUUUUACAAGUUCUUUCCUGCAGUAUCUUUUGAUGCAGGUUGCUCUGAUCCAGCAAGUAAUGUUUUGCUAGGUGUUUUCUGUUUGCCUGGUAGCUGCUCCAUUUGAAAGCGAUUGAAUGUUGCGUUCUGAGGCCAAAGGAAAGGACUGGACCCCGAUAAAAAUAAUACACGAGGCUUGACCGGCAAGGGAAAGCAAUUUGAAAGCCCACUACUUUCAAAUGGUCUGAUAGAUCUGCUUUCCUGAAUGGUCAAGGGGAGAGAACAUCCUGGUGUACGCAGCAGCAUAUCUGGCUGGGCUUUGAGCGUGAUCCUUUUGGAGUCUAGGUGUGAUCAAAGCGAAGCCCACAGAAGGAAGUUGCCAAUGCAAUGCAGACUCUCUCCAGCUGCUCAAGUUUUUGUUAAAUGAAAGAUUAUCAGCAGAGGUGGUAAAUCUUCAGGGUAGCAAGCCUCUUCAGCUUCUGAUUUUGAGAAGAUUGCUCGGAGCCAGCUGUUGCAGUGUUUAUGGAACUCCAACAACCUGUUCACCAUUUUUUAAAACAACACCAACGAUGAGUCAAUGUCUUUGUGUGAUUCUUGCCAGUGCUGUGGUCUUGGGGGUUGUGAUUCUGUAUCUCACCAAAGUAUGUGGGUUGCAACGAUUGUUCAGAGGAUUCAGUGAGUUGCAUUUUCAGUACUUGACCAACGUUCACAAGGUUGCUUUGACACCAGUUUGUGGUGUUGAAUGAGCCCAGAUGUGGCUAGGUUGUGUGAACAUGCCAUCGGAUGCACUCUUCCACUAUUUUCAAAGAGCCAGCUAUGGGCACUGGUGCACCGAAGUCUAAGAAUCCUGAGCUAACAGUAGCUUAUUAUUCCUUGGUAAACCUGUUGUUUCUAUAUGGCUAUUGGGGUGCAUCCACAUAACUCACUUGUAAACCAUUUCUGCUCUUUUGGCUUACACUGAAGAAGUUUGUGAGUUGUAGGUCUAUUGAGAAAGUUUAGUCUUUUCUGUUAAGAGACCUCUACCACCUUUUACAGGACUACAGUCCUGUAUUGGUUUAUGUUUCUGGUGUCAAUGCAUCCUCGGUUGCCUUGUUGAAAAUUGUAGUGCAUUGCUUCGGUGUUUGCCAGAAGGUAAAAGUCACUAAACUUCUGCAGAUUUGGUUUUCAAGUCCCUGCAGUUUCCUUUGAGUCCAGGAGAGGGUGCCAGGGAGCAGGUUUUGGGAUAGAUUUCUUUCUUUUUCGUGUUUUGUUUUGUUUCAUUCUUUGCCAUUUGCUUGAUUCUGGUUAGUAGGUGUGAUUGAAUCAAUGAGCUUUGAUUAGCCAGAGUGAGUUUCUGCAAAGAAUAAAUGAAAACCGAUACAGGGAUCUUGCCCCACCGCAUUUCCAGUGGCUAACCACCCCCUGCUGCAGCAGGUUCUGAAGCAAAACUGCUUGUCACACCUUGAAGUUAUGAGAGAAGCAGAUUCUCAAAAUUUCUCCCCAUUGUGCUGUUGCUGAAGGCACAUGAGCACCUUUCCAGGAUAAGCACCAGCCGUUCUAGAUUUGACAAAGAAGGGAAAAUCCCUUCGUCCCCAUCUCAGGACCUUUACGAGAACUUGUCAGGAACUUCUCCCUAGAAAAGCCAUUCUGCAAGAGAAUAAGAUUAAUGCUGCCUCUCAGGGAGCCACCUUUUUUUCCUGUUGCAAAGCAAUGUUUAUUUAAUUCUCACAUCUUAGCUGGUCAUAUUUUUGCAUAACAUGCAGCCCUUUUGGGUUGAGUGAGCUUUAAAGUGACUAGGUGUCCUCAGACCCUUAAUGUGUCCCAGAGUCAGGUUUAAAUAUUUUAUCUGAGCCUUGGCAUCUCUCCACUUCAGGUUCUGAGACUCUCAAGUCUAUCCCUGUCAGCCUUUUGUUGGACUACAACUCCCAUCAGCCCCAGCCAGUAUUGCCAACGUUCAGAGAUGUUGGGUGUUGUAGUCCUGCAAUAUCCGGAGGGCUUUAUGUUGGGGGAAGGCUGGAUUGGCCUUAGACCAGGGACAUCUGAGUUCGAAUCCCCACUCAAAGCUUAUUGGGUGGGUUACUUGAUCUCACUUAGAGGCCACCCCAUCAUUUCAAGCCAUUCUGGGAAUUUCUGAGGCAGGGCAGAGUUGACAUUUGGGGGGAGGGGAGGUGGUACCCCCUGAAAGAGGCUCAGUUUGGCCUAGGAACUAUCACUUGCUAACCACCAGAGUGUGCCAACUCUGUGCCAUGUGAAAGUAACUGCCUGUAGUUCUUUUUUAAGGCCAUCCCCAAAGCCAAGGUUAGCCAGCAUGACAUACCCUGAUGUUUUGGACUUAAAUACUCAUCAUCUUCUACCAUUGGCCAUGUUGCCAGGGGCUGAUGGGAGUUGUAGUUCCAUGCCGGCUACCCUUGAUGGAACCUUAAAGGGCAGGGCAGAUACAGAACUUCUAGGAUGGCAUAUUAAAUGUAGCUAGCUGUAUAACCACUCCGUGUGUACCUUUCUUAACACUGCAGUGCAUUAAGUCUGCAGUGUAAUCUUUCCUACCAAACAUGAGAUUUAAAAGAUUUGACACCCAAGAAAGGAAAAUAUACUCUUUUCUUCCUUUUGGAUUGUGGUGUUUUCUAACUCGCAGCAUUGAAAAAAAGAAAGCGUUGUUUGGCAGAGAGGACAAAAUUUUCUGUGGUCCACCUCCUGCCUCUUCUGCUGCCAUCCAACCCAUGAUGCAACCAGCAUUUUUGGGUUCCAAACAAGGCUUUUGAUGCCAGUGCCUAAUGGGAUGGACUAUGCUUUGGCCCUGCACUUGCUAUAUCUCAGAUGGGCCUUCUGUAAUGCAAUGGUAUUUGAAGGCAUCCAGUAAGUGAUACAUGACCUUAAUUUAGCAAAUACCACAUUAUCACAUUCCAACGGCAUUCGGUCCUUUUGCCAUAUCAUCCUAAGUAACUUUGGUGUUUGUUUUUUAAAAAAAGUAGGCUUCAAAGCUAAAAAUGCACCUUGAUAACAGGUAGCCAACAUGAUGCUUUGCAAAUGUUGGACUCCAGCUCUCAUCCACGUCAGCCAUCACCAUGGCAAGUGGUCCAGAAUGAUGGGAAUUGCAGUCCAACACCUUCAGGGCUCCUCAGUGGCUACGUCUGCUGUAUACUCAUUCUGCCACAUCUUAGUUUUUGAAUGUAUUGAUCCAGUGAGUAAAGAUUCCCGCAUCUGGAAGGGCCUCUGCUGACUUGAAUGUCCACAAUGCCUGCGGUGAGGCUGUUUCCUCCUCCUCCUUCUUUUGCUUGUUAAAGUUUUCCUCUAUUUUGCCUUUGGUGAAAAGUUGGUGUGGAUCUUCCACCACAAGCUGGCUUCUGAUUGGUGGAUGCAGUUGAAAGCAUUCAAGAAGCAUGUUGAGCAAUAACAUUCCAGGUGUGGCUGCCUGUUGCUUCACCUUGGUUGCUUCCCAAUGAGCAAAACCCAGCAGUAGUGUAAUUUUCUCCCUUUGCAGAUAGGACAAGUGAGAAUCUCUUGGACAAUCGGCCUGUGUUUUACGGUGGCUUUUGCCUGGGUUUCUUCCUGACUCCUAAACGGAUGUUAAGGCCACAUUGAGGGAAACACUAUUCAUCUUUCCACCUAGUGAAGACUGCAGAACCAUGUUAAUCUUUUUCUAUGCAUAUCGUCAUGUGGCAUUUAUACUUCAAUCCUUCAGGGCUCUUGUACAAAAGUGCUACUGUGAAUCUUAGACCCCACCCCCCGCAUUAUGCUGUUGAAUUUGGACUCUGUGGAUGUAGGGGAGAGAAGCACUGAGCUAAAUGGAAACUGGAACCACAACCUUUGUUCCAAGGUGGGUAACUGGUGUGAACGCUGUGUAUAUGAAGCUGGGGCAUUUCCUGCAUGGACCGCUAGAUUAGAGAUGAUAGCUGAGUCAAAACAGCUUUUGCUGUUAUGGAAGUGAAGGGAUAGGGCUUGAGGGUUUUUUCCCCUUGUACUCCCAGUGAGAAGUGAUUUUAUUGUCUGGAAUUGAAAGAGGGACAUCUCAGCAACAACAGACCUGUUGUCCUUUUCCCGCUGCUGAAGUUUCGUUAAUAAUGUGUAACUCCAAGAGGGGUGUCUUUUCUCUCUUUGUAUGUCUCUUGCCUUGUCCGCUCCCACCCCGAGUACAGCUCUGAUGAUUCUCAUCCAAUGCUAGAAAUAUCUAGCUGUGUAGGCUCUUUUUGUUAAGCAAUCUCUAGAAGCCACAUAUAAUAUCGCUGUAAACAGACCAUUUCAGUGUCUCAUUUCCAUAGAUCUAAUUGUGAGAUUCAUUGGGAGUUCAAAAUUCUGUAUUUGACUUGUGUGACAUAUAUAUAGAUACAUAUAUAUAUGAUGAGAUAUAUUCACCCAAGUUCUCUUGUUUUGUAUACAAAGUGCUGCCAUGUUCUGAUGUGUUGGGUGCAACUGUUGUACUGACUGACAUGUUGUACUGCGAUUGUGCAAUUUAGUAUCCUUUGUGGAAUACUGUUGUUUUUAAACUCAUGUAUUGAAAGCAUUUCAAGUCUUGGUUAUGAAUGGAUUGGGGAAGUGAAAUAAAACUUGUUUGUUUUUUUUAAACCCUUACACUGAA